GUGAAUGAAAGUUACAGAUUGGAGAAGAGUCUGUCAGAGGAGUGAAUUAGUUUGAGUGUAUUAGUAUUAGUUUGUUUCUUUCUUAAUAAACACAAGCAAAGGUGUUAUUUUAAGGUAGAAAAGUUGUUGGAAAUUAUUAAACUUAGAUAUACGGUUUAACACAGUGGUUUGGAUGUCAUUCCAAUGGAUUUUUUAUUAGCGGUGAUGAAUUCGUUGCGUUCCAGUUUUACUAAAAAACACAUGGAAACAGUACAUUGGAUGGAGGUGUACAGGGAUAAUGGAGACUGCUGAGAGAAUGAAAGUAAAGGAAGACCAUAUUUAUUCCACUGUCAACAGGCUAAAGCAGGGCUGUCAUAGUGGUAGACGUGCUUCAGUGGAAAGAAAGGAAGCUGGACAAAGAACAGAGGGGACACCAAAACACCCCUUAAGCCCAUUAGUAAACCUGAACAACCAGAAGGAAUCAUCUGUGAUGGCUCAGAAGAAGCCCAUUUUUGACCCUCACAGCAAUGACUGUACUCUCAUGGUAGGAAAUAAGCCUCCCAGAUCCAAUGGAGGCAACAUUAAGGAAAAAAUUUCUCUAUGGGAGGGCAAGGAAUCCGGUCCUUCCCCUCUGACUUCUGCUACUUUGGGUCAUUUUGACAGCAUUAAAAGGAAAGAAUCCUUGAUAAAAUGCAACAACAACACAAUAGACAAGGAGGGUGCUGAGGGUUGCAAGAGAGUUGCUCAUAAAGCAAAGCAGGAUCUUGGGAAAGAAAAUGUAGGAAAACCUGGAGAGUCAAAGCCUGGCUCAUCUACUGACCUCGGAAAACAAGCUCAAAUGGUCAAUAGUGGGUCUAGUGAAGACCUGUCAAGGUACGACUGUAAAAGAAUUGUAGUUCACAAAGAAAAGAAUCAUCAUGAGAAAGAGAAUGUAGAAAAUCCUACAGAUUCGAGGUCUCGCUCUCCUUCAGCCACUGAGAUGCAGCAAGUGGGGACGGUUAGAAAAGGCAAUGACUGGAAAGCAACAGAACAAAAAAGUCAGGAGAAAAAAGCUGUAUUCACCCUGUUUAAAAAGCUGGAAGCUAUGGGGGAGAAGCAAGGGAAAACUCCUCCAGAGCUUGGAAACUACUUCAGUCCACCAGGCAAGAACAAACAGGUGGAGACGAAGAAAAAAGAAUCCAAAAUUUGGGGUCAAAGUAGGUCAUCUGGGGUACAAGAAGGAAAGGAACAUCAGGAGAAUGUGUACACAGAGCCAGGAGCACCUCCCAUCAACCCAGUCCCCAAACCUCUACGUACCUUCCAGCAUCCAACUGCAGCCCCCAUGGGAAAAAGUCAAAAGGAUAUAAGAGGGCAGAGGAACCUCCCCCCACUGCCUUUAGUUGCCUUGAAGACUUCCUCGAAACCUCCAUCUGGCUUCUACAGGAGACCCAGGUCAGAGCGAGUCAGAGACAACAUCAGCAGGCGAUCGUUUGAGUUUGAAGACCUUACCAAAUCAAACAGCCCACUCUUGACACGCUCACUGUCUCAGGAACAUCACUAUGAAGACAUCCUGGAUCUGUCUAAGGAAAACCCUUAUGAGGACAUUGAGCUUGACAGUCAGUGCUCUCAGCAGUCUCUACCCUCCUCUCCUGGGGCAGAUACUACUAAGGCAACAAGACCUGGUUUCUUUAGGCAGAAUUCAGGCAGGAGCUUUAAGCUCUUGGACCUGAAGAGAACCAACCAGCAGAUCCACAGCACUGGCAGUGGUGGUGUUUCAUCUCCACCCCAGCUCAGCCCGCCAUCCACUCCCAGUGGACCUGAACAUAUCCCCUGGGUGCCUGGAGAUCCCUACAGCCGUACUUGCCGCAGAAUACCAACGAUUGUACUGAGGAUCAACAGCGUAUUUGAGGCUCGGACCAGGAAAAAGCAUCUGAGAAGGAUCUAUCAUUAUGCUGAGACAAGUUCAGGAAGAGUUACCGAUGAGAACAGUGACUCUGAGAGUGAACUUGAAGAGAGAUCAAAAGUUCACCGUCAACGUCUUGUGUCAGUCCAGUCCAUACUGAGCCAGCCAAGCCAGGCGCAGGUCCAGUAUAAUGGUUCCAGCACCAGAAACGGCCCCCUGGAUCAGGAACUCCACCAGCGGAAGCUGUUUGAAUAUUUCCUGGUUGUGUCUCUGCAGAAGUCCAAGGCCGGCAGCCACUAUCUGCCGGAGCUCACACAGCAGUUCCCCCCUAAGUUGGAACGAAGCUUUAAGUUCAUGAGGGAAACGGAGGAUCAGUUAAGGAUCAUUCCUCAAUUCUGUUUCCCCGAUGCAAAAGACUGGGAACCAGUGGAGACCUACCCAAGUGAGAUGUUCUCCUUUGUUUUGACUGGAGAGGAUGGGAGCAGAAGGUUUGGAUACUGCCGGCGCUUACUGCCCAGUGGAAAAGGCAGACGUCUGCCAGAGGUCUAUUGUAUUGUCAGUCAUCUUGGCUGCUUCAACCUGUUCUCCAAGGUGUUGGAUGAAGUGGAGAGGCGGCGGGCUCUGUCUCCUGCCCUGGUGCAACCAUUUAUGAGAGCAAUCAUGGAGGCUCAGUUUCCAGCUCCUGGAAGAAUCAUCAGCAUCAAAACCUUUCUCCCUGGCUCAGGCACUGAGGUGAUGGAGCUCUGUCGGCCUUCUGAUUCUCGCCUGGAGCACGUGGACUUCGAGUGCUUGUUCUCCUGUUUGAGUCUGCGUUUGCUUCUCAGAGUGUUUGGCUCUUUGCUGCUGGAAAGACGGGUCAUCUUCACUGCAGACAAGCUUAGUACUCUUUCCCAGUGCUGCCAUGCCGUUGUGGCACUGCUUUACCCUUUUGUAUGGCAACACACUUACAUCCCAGUGCUGCCAUCAGCUAUGCUCGACAUCGUCUGCACCCCGACCCCUUUCAUCGUCGGCCUGCUGUCCAGCUCCCUGCCCCAGCUCACUGAGCUGCCCCUGGAGGAGGUUCUCGUUGUGGAUCUUGGAAACAGUCGACUUCUUAGACAGCUGGAUGAUGAAGACUCGAUCCUGCCACCUAAGCUCCAGUCAGCCCUGGAGAAUGUUCUGGAGAGACGAAGAGAUCUUGCUAAUGAAAGGGGCGAUACAGCAAGCGAUUCUGGACAUCUAAGCACUGUGGUUUCUGAGGCCUUUGUUCGCUUCUUUGUGGAAUUAGUAGGACACUAUCCACUCUUCAUCACAGGUGAACGGGAGGACGGCUACUCCUCCUCCUCAUCUUCCCCUGUUCCCUGCUCAUUUCAACGUGAGGGUUUCCGGAAAGCGAUCCCAUCCAAGACAGUGCGUCGCUUUUUGGAGAUCUUCAUGGAGACCCAGAUGUUUGGCUGGUUCAUCCAGGAGAGGGAGCUCCACAGACAAUCCUUGAGAGGACUGUUUGAAGUGAGAGUGCAAGAGUAUCUGGACUCCAUCCAUGAAAACGAACACCGAAGGGUCAAUAGGUUUCUCAAAGGCUUGGGAAACAAAAUGAAAUUUCUUUCCAAGAAAUAAGGUAACAGUAGCUGCAUGGAAAGACCAAGUGUAAAAAGAAGAAACACUAAGACAUAUAAAGACUCGAUUGCCUGCUGAUUCAGCAAACAGCAUCACUAUCUGAUGACUUUCUUCAAGAACUUGCUUUCCAUCUUUAUUCUUGCCAGUUAAUGAGACUUUUUUUUUUGUAGUUUUUAGGAAAAUGCUGCUUUAUGCCACACAGGUGAAGAUACUUGAGACUUUGGACACAUGAAAUUAAUAUAAGAGAAUAUUCAGGAAACGCAGUUGUUGAGCACCAAAUAAAAAUGUUAUAAUGAUAACAGUAUGCUGCUUUAAACGAGCAUGUAGUUAUUUUUUAAAAAGAAAAUGUGAUUUAUGUUCCUGACAUUAGUAAGUAGCUCAGAAAGUCCCUGGUUAUUGUGCUUUCUGGAUCCAGCAGGGGGCAGUAGCAUGUUCUGUCUGGAAUUUACAAGUACACAAACUGGCUCUUCUGCUCAGGAAUGCCUCAGUUUUCAUUUAGUUAUAACAAUGACAACAUCAAAGAUGCUUUGAAUAGUGUCUGGUUGUGAUUUGGGGAGUUUAUUGUCUUAAUGUUGUACAGUAGUGUAUUUUUUCAGUUCAAAACAAAUGCCCUUCUGUCAUAAAACCACUUUAUUACAUAAUUUUAUAGUUUGGAUGCAAUUUUUUAAAUAAAUGUUUCUUCCCUUUA